AUGGACAGCAGUCUCUCAAUGUGUCACUGGCUGCAUCUCAACCCUUACUGCCACAUCCAGAAGUACUACAGCAGGCAUCUCAGACCCUUACUGCCACAUCCAGAGUACUACAGCUGCAUCCUCACCUUACUGCCAACAUCCCAGUACUACAAGCGGCAUCCUCAAACCCGUUACUCCACAUCCCAGAGUACUACAGCUGCAUCCUCACCCUUCUGCCACAUCCCAGAGUCUACAGCUGCAUCCUCAACCUUCUCCACAUUCCAGAGUGACUACAGCUGGCAUCUCAAACCCUUACGCCACAUCCCAGAGUACUACAGCUGGCAUCCUCAACCCUUACUGCCACAAUCCCAGAGUACUAACAGCUUGGCAUCCUCACCUUUACUGCACAUCCCAGGGGUACAGAUCCCGAAGGGUUGGAGUGUGAUGUACAGCAUCAGAGACACCCACGACACCUCCUCCGUCUUCAAGGACGUAGACGCCUUCGACCCCGACCGCUUCUCCCAGGAACGCAGCGAAGACAAGGAGGGACGCUUCCACUACCUCCCGUUCGGCGGCGGCAUCCGCUCCUGUCUCGGGAAACAGCUCGCCACUCUCUUCCUCCGUAUUCUGGCCAUCGAGCUGGCCAGCACCAGCCGCUUCGAGCUGGCGACCCGGGACUUUCCCAGAGUGGUUACGGUGCCGGUGGUUCAUCCGGUGGACGGGUUAAAGGUGAAGUUCUACGGUCUGGAUUCUAACCAGAACGAGAUUCCGUCCGAUCUCCUAGCCGACAUCAAGACGGAAGAGCUGCUGGGAGCCGCGGUGUAGAUUGUUGAUUUGGAUUGGACGAAGCAAGGAGGAAGGGAGGGAUGGAUAGAGGGAGGAGAAAUGAGAGAGAGGAGGAGGAGGAUGGAUGGAGGACAUGGCAGAGAGAAUAAAAGGAGGAUGGGAGGUCAGGAGUGGUCUAGCAUCCUUUUUUUCAUUUUGCUGAUGUCUUGGAAUGUUGGAGGUCUCCUUUGAACUCUAAAAAGGAACAUUCUGAAUUCCGAUUCCUUYUCUUUGUCGUGUUAUUGUUAGUCAUUGGAACUUUCUGGGAGACAAAGAAGAAGAACAGAGGCUGCCAAAAAAAAUCUCUAUUCCGUUUGUUUUCCAAGAAAUAUACAAAACUAUGUAUAAAAUGAAAAGUAAUGUAAUAUAAUGAAUGAAAAAAAAAAAAGAAGACUUAAUGUUAAGAGAAGUUAUGCACAAUUAGGAAACAGAUUCUUAGGGGAGUGUAUUUGGAUUAGAGGGAUGGAUGGAGGUAGGGAAGAAAGAAAGAAAGCAAGGAAAGGAGGGAUAAAACAGGGUAUAAUGAUUUAAGAAGCUUAGGGAUAGGAUAAGAGACAGGUGAAUCUACACAGGAGAGAGAGAGACUCUUAAAGUGAAUCCAGAGCUAGAGAGAGAAGGGCAGAGGUGAGUUCAUACACACUUGUAUAUAUCAGGGUGCUCCAAGUCCAGUCCUGGCAAGUGCUAGAGUUUUCCAGGCUUUUCUUCCAGCCAUGCUCUAACACACGUCUCUCAAACAAUCAAGCUAUCAACCUAUCAACUAUCACGAUUUGUUAAAUGAGGCGKUUUUUUUUACCCGGAAAAUGGACUAUAAUUCUCCAAGAUGGGGUUCAAACAGAGACCCCUGCUAUAAAGGACUUCAGGGAGAAUGCGAAAGAGAGACUCAAAAGCUGUAAAGGAUUUUAGGAUUGUGUGUUAAUAGCUCAGGUGUGGAAGGGGAUCUUUCAUUGGACGUAUUUUCAUAUCUUCAUUUUUUUUUACUCAACCUGCACAUAAGAGACGAUCAGUUGUUACCAAUCAUCCCCCUUCCCCUUUAAACCCUCAAACCUGUGCUAUGAUGUCAUCGGACUAUGUGUCCGUGUGUGUGUCCGUCGCUUGGCCUGACAUCUGCCUCUUUGCUUGACUGGAUGUAUUUUGGACAUAAAGGAGAACCAUUUUUCUAAAGCUAUCAGAAUCGUCUAAGCUGGAGGAAGAAUGAUAGAGAGAAAGAGAAGAAGAGAUAAAGAAAGAGAAGAAGACAGGGAGAGAUAAAGAGAGAGGGGAGGAGAGGGAGAGAUACAGGAGGAGAGGAGACCUAUAUACUUGCUGCUUGAGAGUUGCUUUGUUUUUGUAUUUCAGUUGGAGCAGAGUGUUGUUGAACUCUGUGGGACGUGAAGCUGACAUUUUGACUAGCUGCUCCUCUUUAUCAACACAAAAAUGCAAAAUUGAUUUAAAGAAAAAUCUAAACUUUAUUAGCUAAUGAGAUUUAACAACGUGAGACGAUUGCACAAUCAGAAUCAUUUUUGGAACUUAUUACUAACCCCAACACCAGGAAAUGUCCAUCAUGGAUACGGAGAGAAAAUACUUCCAAAACAAAACUGCUUCCUUUAUAACUCGUCAAAAGAACACUUAGAACUUAAUGAACAUUCCGGAACUCACAAACAUUCCGGAACUCACAAACAUUCUGGAACUCACAAACAUUCUGGAACUCACAAAUAUUCCGGAACUCACAAACAUUCCGGAACUCACAAACAUUCUGGAACUCAAUUUUUUGGGGAAUUCACAAACAUUCCGGAACAUUCUGGAACAUUCUGAAACAACAUCCCGGAAUCCUUGGACAGUUGGGAGUUUUAUUUGGAGGGAGCUAGGACCCAGGGACUGCUGGGAAAAGCUUCUAUAAAUGAUAUUCUACUACCGUCUUCUACAGAUAUAUAAUGUCUAUAGUGUUAAAGUCGUAUAUAUUCUGGGACCAACUACACCACUGAUUGUCUACACAUACUAUACGUACAGUGAGCUGCUUCUGUGUUUCUAAAUGACAGUUAUAGAAGUGCUAUCAUAUAUAGAUUGCAAGUGAGAUUCAUCGACAUUUCUCGUUUUUUUUAUUGUAUUUUAAAAUUGUAUUUAGCAAAUAUUUUGUAUUUUGUGAAAAGCAAAGAGGGAUGGGCAGUUCUGUUUAUUAUGAUUCUUGUGUUUAGUAAGUAAGCCAUGGGUUAACACCUGUUCUCUCUAAUAUCCUAAUAUUAUUAUUAUUGACUAUUAAUAUUUCUUAUUGUAAUAAAAUAUUAUUGUUUUAAGUUGCCAUUUUUAUUAUAUUUCCAGAGUUUUAGUAUAAAUGUCAAAAGUCUGUUUGUUGGUAAAUAUCUUUAUAUUUAGAAUGAUAUGAAUUAUUUCAGUUAUAUUGUAAAACAGCGUUGAAUAUGUUAAUAUUGUUUAUUGUAAUAAUUAUUCUUAUUUUGGGUUAUUAUUAUAAUUAUCAUUAUAAUUAUUAUACUAUUAAUAAUUAUUAUUAUCACAACAUUCAUUUAUUAUUAAUAUUAAGCAGACAAUUACUUGCGAGGUAUGUUCAAUAUUGAAGUGUCACAUGGCUUCAUUGGUCAUUUUCCCAUUUGACACCCUAUUCCCUAUACAGUGCACUACUUUUGACCAGAGUCCUAUGGUAAGUAGUGAACUAACUAGGGACUAGGGUGUCAUUUGAGAUGCAGUUAUCGCUGUCUGUCUGCCUGUCUGUCCUUCUGUACAUAAUGUGUAUUUCAUUUUACAGAUCCCAACAAUUCACUUAGUUCAAAUAUGAAUGUUUUUCAACUGUGAUUCUUAAAUGUACUCCUGUAAUAAAAUAUAAUGUGAAAAUUAA